UGAAGAUGGUGCAGCAACAGACUACAGAGAAGAUGUUUGUAGAACUUGUUCGGACUCUACUUGAGUCUUGUUUCUUACAGCAGACUACAGGCAUGACUUGAAAUCGUUUCGAUGAAAGGUUGGUUGAUGUCAACGAACAUACGAUACAUUUUUUGAUCCUAUUGAAGUUUUCGAAAGUUUCCGCCGAGUGUCUUAUUUUCUCUUUUUAACUACUAAUUCAAACUCUGACAUUACAUGGGACCUCCGCGAAAUCGAAAAGGCCGAGCACGUCCGGCAAAAAAGGCUGGCGAUGAGGGCAGAGAUGCAAAAGAUCCAGGCGAUGAGGGCGCCAGCAGCACCUCUGAGCCCGACGGUUCUGCGGACGAGGUGGAAUUGACACAGGAAAGCAGUAGCAAAACCGCGAAGAAAAGCAGCGCGAGGAAGGCGAGGCAGGCGGAGAAAACGUCCGCCCUUAGUAAGGAGGAGCAAAAGUAUGCUGCUCGUGUGCGAGAAGAAAAGCUCGAAAGACGAAAAAAACUUGUGGAAGAAAGGAUAAAGUCGGCUAAGCCCGGAGGUAGUCGCUUUGUAGUCGCUUUAUUUUUACACAAGGACAUGUAGAUGUACGUAGUUUGAACUUGAAGAUAGCCUCGUCCUACCUGUAAUUUUUCACGUUUUUUCUUUACGUCCAGUACUACGGAGAACACGAAUCAAGUACACCAUGACACAGAGACAAGUGACCAAGAGGUAAAAACAAGAAGUAACUAAUAGUACAGCUUCCGCUUCGAGCAGUGUCAGUGUCUCUGUGUGUAAUAUACUCACUAAAAAAGGAGACGAGGACGACUCGAAUUUUCUGCUUCUGCGUACUAGGACCAUCAAGUGAAUAAUCAGAAAAAAACUGACAGAUGAAUACGCACAGUGGUUGGCGGAUGAGAAACGGAAAAUUUUGGCUGCUAAGCUGCAGGCCCGAAAGACGCGGAGUUUGUACGACGGCCCGGAGUAUGCAUUGCAAAAGUAUCGUAUUCGUAUAAAUGCAUUACAAAUUUCCUCAGCAUGAGAAGUAAAAUUUGUAAUGCGAAUUUACCUUUAAAAAAAGAUUUGUAAUGCAUGAUUGCCAUACGAGUACGAUAAUUUUGCACAGGAUACGGAGCUCGGCGAUCUGCUUGACUCCGAUGAGGAGGAAGAAGCUCUUAUCCUGAGUAAAACCGUCCCCAUACCAGAGUCAAGAUGGAAAAUCUGCUAGACAAAUCAGCCAACUUUGGUCGUUUCGCAUGACAGGUUUUUCCUCGUAGUGUAAUCCUGUUUAGCUAGUUCAGCAGCAUCACAGAUCUAGCAUAUCAUGCUUUUUAUAGCAUCACAAAUCCCAAAACACGACGAGAACAAGCUUUUCAUGUGGCUUCGCAUGAGAAACUUUUUUGGCAUGCAGAUUUGCAUGGCAACUCUGGGGUGGGGAUGUUUUUACUCAGAAUAGCUCUGGGGGGAAAGCCUCAGGAGCUGAUGAAGUUGAAGAGACCCAGAAAUAAUAAUGCUGCAAGUGCAGCGACCUCCAACUCCAAGCAGGGUGCAGGUGCAGGUGCUCGUCAUUCGUCUUUCCCCUCGGCCAGCGAGGACCAGGGCCGCGGGGAAGAAGCAGGAGAAGAUGAAACGAACAAACCGAAGGGGUCCUCCUCGGCAGGAGGUGCUGGGGGUGGCCUGCGCUCACAGGUCUGCCAGAUUGCGCUGAUCCUUGUGGUAAUGUUGUUCCUCGGUGUGUUGAAGGCGGGCGAGGAGAGCUUCAACGAGGGCGACGGUCCAAAGCGGACGUCCGACGAAGAGGACUUUUACAGCGUACUCGACGUCACCCGUGGUGUGAUCGAGUCCGAUUUGAAGAAGAGCUACAAGAAGCUCGCCCUGCGCUGGCACCCUGACAAGAACCCAAACUGUGACGAGUGCCUGAAGAAGUUCCAGAAGAUCUCCCGGGCCUACGAAACCCUCGGCGACAGGCGCAAGCGCAAACUUUACGACCAAACGUCAGCUGUGGAUCUCGAUUCGUUGCCUUCCGCUGCUGAGGCGAUCACGACGAAAAAUUGGCGCGAGAAAGUCUUGAAUUCGAACGACAUAUGGGUGCUGCAAACCUAUUCUGAGGUCGACUCCGCCUGCCGGUCAUUUCAUCAGAUGUGGUAAGACGUAGCUACAGCUGUGAUCUGAGGCUAUAUAUAGUUUUUGUUUUUCGAUCUCCAUCUCUUCAUGCCGCUUAUGAGCCUUGUUUCCGUCCACCAAAUAAAAUACACCCGCGGAGGACCGAAACUUUCGCCAUAUUGAGCAGACCAAUGGGUGCAUACGUUGAUUGUGAAGGAGUUGACGUUGAGACCAAGACGACCAAAAAUCAUCCCUAUAAAUAUCAUGAUGUACAUGUAGGCUAUGAAUAUAUAUAUAUAAAAUCAGGGAAGAAGUGGUGACGGGUAGCACGCUGGGACAGAGCGUGAAAUUUGGGCGAAUCCACUACGGUCAAGACCGCGAUCUGCUGAAUCAACUUCCCAUAGCCGCCCGCAUUCACCCUACCGUGUUCCUCUACACCCCCUCCCUCCCAGGGGAAACCACGCCCACGCUACCCCACAGCCGCGCCACCCCGGACAAGAUUCACAAAUGGAUUACUACCCACGUCCCCGGGUCAGCUGUGACCCGCAUUCGCACGGAGGAGGAUCUGCAACUGUUUCUGGCAGGCGCCAGCGGGGGGCAUAACCAGAACAAGCGAAAGUUGCUGCUGGUCGCACCUGUGAGUAGCAAACAGCUGCCGCUCAGCCUCAAGCGCCACAGCGUGCACUGGUAUUCGCUUUUUCAGAUCGGCGUAGUCCGUACGGAGCUAUUGCGGGACGCAGCGAAUGCACCGUUGCGCGAGGCCAUUGAAGCUCUCGCCGCAACAGCUCCCUCGGGUGGUUCUACAACUACAAUCGGGCAGCAGGAGCAAGAAGCGAAAGCGACAUCGGGUGAGCCCCAGAAAAAAAAAUCCGCAUCGGCUAAAAAAAUGCAGAAGCCACUGCAAUUUGAAUUUCCGUCGCUUCUCGUUCUGGGAACGCGAAGAUCGAAGGGUGUCCAGGACGAGGACGCAGUUUUUGUUGAGAAAAUAGUGACUUUCCCGACGAAGUCGCUGACGGACGAUGGGCUCACACGGGCACUGUACACGCUGCAGGCGGAAUUUUUGAUGCCCUACCUCACCACGUCAAACGUCGAUAUGCUGUGUCGGAGCAACUCGCAGUACCGGGUCUUCUGUCUGAUCGAAAUCGUGCAGCACCACUCCGGCGCCCAGGCGCUCGAGGCCGAGCAAACGUUGCAGCGGAAGCUGGCUGCAGCGCGGCGGGAGUACCUGCAAGAUUUGUUGGGGGGCUCCGGGCACAAAAUCGCCGAUGUGGACGACGUGUUUGCAAGGGCAAAAGCAACGAAGGUAACGAGGGCGGAGGUGGACCAGGCGCCGAAUGCGGUCCUGCACUCCGAGCUGGACGAGGUCUUCUUUUUGCAGCGCGCGCGGGUCAACCUGGCAACGGACGCGGUUCUCGCCGAGUGGUCGCUGGGGCGGCCACCGCGCGCAAAGUUAGCCCUAGCGAACCUGUUACGUGCAGAGGCCGCUGCAUUGCAUUUGCAGCACCAGCAAAGUACGACAACUUCUGGUGAAGCUUCUCCUGGUUCAUCUUCGGAGCAACCAGAACCACCAGCAGGAGGACCACUACAACAGCCUGUGGUCCCUGGUGGAGGUCCUCCUGCUCUCCCCGAAUCCCUUUUGGUGGAUCUGGAUGCGCGGCGGUGGAAGCUGGUGCAAGAGAAGGAUGUGCCGCAGUUGUACGCCCAAAUCGAGCAAGACUCCGUGAUGUUCCAGGACUUUCCCGAACAGCUGCGACUCGACCACACGACCCUGUUCGCCCCGGGCGUGUCUUUGUUUCACGAUGUGGUGGAAACCUUGCGGCAGAACUCGUACCUGGAUCUGUUGCUCGUUUUCGGCGGGUUUUUCCUCUGCUACCUCGCGGCGCACGCCCUCGAUCGCAGGCUCAGCCUUCCGAAGUUGAGCCUGCUCUUUCUGCUCGUCGCCACCACGGGCUUCCUGUUUCAGCUCUCGCCUGCAACCAGAUACUCGUGGUCCCAGUUUUCCCACAUCAUGCUCGAAGACUCUCUGGCUGCCGUGCGACCCUACUACCGACAGAUAAUCACCGUUUUUCGUGCAGAAAGAACUGCCUCCAGCGAUGAAGAUCUGUAGUAUAAUAUGAAACGGUGUUUGCAGCACCUCCUCCAGCAGCUGCAUGAUGGUACGGAUCGAAUUCGAAAGAAAAGAAGAGAUGCCCCUUGUUGAGUUUUUUUACAAAUCUUACGUAAGUAACCUCUGUGUAGCCAAUAAACCUCCCGCAAAGACAGAUGUGCUCUCGUGCCGCAGUGGGUCGCGCAUCGAAGUGGUUCGCGAGAAACAGCAGGUUGGCUUUGGCUAGGUACGAGCUUUCCAAACUCGACCAGAGCAAAUCAAUGCCAAAAACAAAAUGAUAAUGCUGUAUAAUUCACACAACCAUUUGUUCUUGAUGUGUUUAGUAAGACCCCUGUGUGGCCAGCAAGAAGUGCCGAC